AUGGGUUCAAUAUGGCGGAUUUGUAAACCACACGCUGUCAAAGAGAGUGCUUUUUCGUGAUUUUGUGGUCCAAGCUAGCAAACGGAUUGAAACAUCAGAAUGUCUCGCGCGCAAGCAGAAAGUGUCAUCAAAAAUAUCAUUCGAGAAAUUGCCCAGGAGUGUGCAAGCAAAGGGCAGGCUGUGUCUGAAACACUGGUUGCUUUUAUGGUAAAAGCUGUUGUGUUAGACCCAAGUAAUGAAUUUAAUGUGGACAGGACACUGACCAAAGAUGAUGUACAGAAACUUAUUAAGCUGUGCGUGGACAGACUUAUGGACACAAGGUCACCAGCCUUGGACACAGUCAAAAUGCAGGUGUAUUUUGAUAUGAAUUACACCACAAGAGGUGACUUUUUGGAGGAGCAUCGCCGUGUGCUGGAGUCCCGUUUACAGCCAGUUAUUCGUGAGAUCACUGACAGUCGUGCCAGGACACGAGAAGAACUGGAGAGCUUGUACAGAAAGAUUGUAUCAGCAGUAUUACUGAGGUCUGGACUAGGAUCUCCUACAGACAUUGCUGUAGUUCGCGAAGCAACAGCUGCCCUACAGAGUGUGUUCCCACAAACAGAGCUCGGGACAUUCAUGUCGCUGUCGAAGCGUGACAAAGAGCGACAGUUGCUGGAACUUACCAUGAUUGUGACAGGAAUACGACUCUUCAACAAGGAAUGUGGAAAGGGAGGAGAAGGCAUUGAUGACUUACCAGCCAUAUUGAAUGAAGCUGUACCUGCCACCACACAGAAUGUUGACUCAGAGAUACAACAAACUUUGACAAAUGCCUUCAAAUAUACAGCCCUGAUAGAACGUAUCCAUCAGAACCAGCAGCCAGUGGAGGGGAUUUCCCUUCAGCUGCUCAAAGAGUCUCUCAUCAACGCUCGACAACAGGAGUGCUUCCUGAAGAUUAUACUGAAUGAUGUCAUUGGUUGUGCUCAACAAGUAGAGAUGCUGGAAAACCAAUUAGCAGGCAGGAUGGAGCAACUUCAAGCCACUGUCCAGUCAAAAACAGCUGUACCAACAGCCCAAGUCUAUCCUCAGUUCAUCCAUCUGUCCCAGCUGUGGAGUGGUUUCCAGGAUGAGAUGGUGUUGUUGAGUGUACUCAGUAACAUACUGGUGAGCCUGGAGCCCUUCACCAGGAGUUACAAGGAGCUGUUCACAGAUGAAGUGCUGGACCCAUACCUUCAGGAUCUGCGCAUCAAAACUGAUGAUGAGAGAAGGGCUGAGUCAGGUGGUGAGGAGAAUCGUGUCAACCCCAAAGACUUCCCUGAACAAGACUGGCUUUUCCCAGAAAGUACCAAAAACUUUCACAAACUACCAUUACAAUAUCGGGGUUUCUGUGGCUGGGCCCUCGUGAAAUAUGAUCGCUUGUUAAUACCUGCUAAUCCAGACAUUGGAAUCCUCAGAUACAGGGAUCAUUAUUACUCCUUUUCAAGCAAACCUGCUGCCUAUGAAUUUGCAGGAAACAUGGAGUUAUUUCAGACUCACGUUGCAGAGUGUGCUAAGAAAAAUCCAGAAUUGAUUCAGUUGCUAGAGCUGCACACCCAGUUUGCCACAAUAACACCUUACUCUCAGGGUGGUGAUCAGGGCAGAAUGAUAGAGAAGCCAUUGACAAAGUGUGACAGUGGAACACAGACAGAUACCCACAUCCUGGAGCCCAACAUUGUCAAGUCCUAUGAGUGGAAUGAGUGGGAACUCAGGAGGAAGGCUAUCAAGCUGGCUAAUUUACGUACCAAGCUGACCCAUUCUGUACAGACCAAUCUGAGUAACCUGAGGAGAGAUAAUGUCACACAAGUCUACCUGCCCAAAGAAACAACCACACAGACAAAGAAAGAUGGCAGCACAAAUGUUCCCCAGUGCAAGGUUUUCAUGGCAGGGUUGAGGGGAGGUGGAACAGGCAAGCCUACCACAAUGAUCAAAGUUGACCUUACGCGUGAUGUGCAGGAGUGCUGAGAAACCAAAUGUUCUGGACAAGCUGGGGAUAAGGUCACAAAGAAAUGUACAGAAAAAUAGCAGUGUAGCUAUUGGUUCUUAACUUUUUGUGUACAGCCGCAUGGAAAACUUUGACAAUAUGCCUUUAUAAGAAAUGUAACAAGCAACCAAUUCUGUACAUUUUAUGUAAUUUAUUCAUUUCAUGUAUAAUCAUCUGCGAUUGUGAUAUGUCCGUAAUAAAUGAAUUAAC